AGAAGAAAACGGGCCGGAGCAGCGGAGACAGGCGGACUCAGGGAUCGUUUCACUCGGGUGAUUGUACUGACUCGCACCAGCGGUCCUCAGGUGUCAGUAUGUCGAAAACCGUCAGUGCUGAGGAGAUCGAGGAGAUCAGGGAGGGUUUCCAGAAAGUGGAUGUGGAUGGUAAUGGCUACAUCUGCGCCUCUGAACUCGGGAAUCUCUUCCAAGAGGUGGGCUGUUCUUUGCCUGGAUACCAGAUCAGAGAACUGCUUCAGAGGCUGGACCGAAACAAAGACAGUCGCAUCAGUUUUGAAGAGUUCACGGCUAUUUUCCAGGAACUGAAGGAUGACCGCCUGGCCAAGGGUUUCAGGAAAGCUCUCAACAAAAAAGAAGGCAUCGUCGCCAUCGGGGGCACCAGUGAGAUCUCUAGUGAAGGAACUCAACACUCAAUCUCUGAGCAGGAGCGCUUUGCCUUCGCCAACUAUAUCAACUCCUCUAUGGAGAAGGAUCCAGACUGUGCACAUGUUCUGCCCAUCAACCCCAGCACUGAAGCUCUGUUUAAAGCAGUGUCAGACGGCAUCCUGAUCUGUAAACUCAUCAACAUCUCUGUUCCUGACACCAUCGAUGAGAGAACCAUCAACAAAAAGAAACUCACUCCUUUCACCACACAGGAGAAUCUGAACUUGGCCUUGAAUUCAGCAUCUGCCAUCGGCUGCCAGGUCGUCAAUAUCGGAGCUCAGGAUCUUAAGGAGGGUAAACCUCACCUGGUGCUCGGGCUCCUCUGGCAGAUUAUCAAGAUCGGACUGUUUGCUGACAUAGAGCUGAGCCGCAAUGAAGCUAUCGCAGCCUUGCUGGAGGAAGGGGAGAGUCUGGAGGAGCUGAUGAAACUCAGUCCUGAAGAGCUGCUGCUGCGCUGGGCCAAUUUCCACCUAAAGAAAGUUGGCAUGUCCAUAUCAAACUUUUCUGGAGACAUUAAGGACUCCAAAGCGUAUUUCCACCUGCUUGAGCAGAUCGCUCCAGACGGCAGCAAAGAGGACGUUCCGCGAGUCGAGGUCGAUAUGACUGGUGUCUAUGAGAAGGAUCUCAUGAAGAGAGCAGAGUGUAUGCUCCAACAGGCCGACCGCCUCGGCUGCCGACAGUUUGUGACGGCUAUAGAUGUUGUGGGUGGCAACGCCAAGCUCAACAUGGCCUUCGUAGCCACGCUCUUCAACAAACACCCAGCUCUCACCAAACCAGAGAACCAGGACUGGCAUCUGGAGAGUGAGACCAGAGAGGAGAAAACCUUCAGGAACUGGAUGAACUCUCUCGGAGUCAAUCCUCAUGUUCACCAUAUCUACGGUGAUCUGCAGGAUGCCAUGGUGAUCCUCCAGCUUUAUGAAAGGAUUAAGGUGCCUGUGGACUGGGACCACAGAGUCAACCACCCUCCAUUCAAAGGAAUAGGAGGAGGACAUUUAAAAAAGAUGGAAAACUGUAGCUAUGCUGUGGAGCUGGGGAAGAAUAAAGCAGGUUUCUCUCUGGUGGGAAUCGGGGGACAGGACCUCUAUGAUGGGAAUGAGACUCUAACUCUGGCACUGGUCUGGCAGCUGAUGAGGAGGUACACUUUGAAUGUUCUUGAAGACCUUGGACAUGGAGAAGUUGCAGGAGAUGACUUGAUAAUUUCAUGGGUUAAUAAGACGUUGGCUGAAGCUGGAAAGAGUUCAUCCAUCAAAAGCUUUAAGGACAAAUCAAUUGCCACCAGUCUUCCAGUUCUGGACAUCAUUGAUGCCAUCCAGCCAAACAGUGUGAACUUUGAGCUGGUGAAAACGGGAACACUGUCGGACGAAGACAAACUGGACAACGCCAAGUAUGCAGUUUCAAUGGCGAGGAAGAUUGGAGCGAAGGUCUACGCCCUGCCUGUAGACUUGGUGGAGGUCAACCCCAAGAUGGUGAUGACCAUCUUCGCCUGCCUGAUGGGAAGAGGCAUGAAGAGGGCAUAAAAGACACACACGCUCACACACACACACUCGCACACACACACACACACAAUGACUGUUUGCCCGUUUGAAUGAAUGAGACCUGAAGAGAGGGAACAAAGAGAUAUACUCUUGUUCUUUUAAGUGAUUAUGCUGCAUUAGCCAAAUAGGAAGAGACACUGUGUUCAUCCGUCAUAACCCAGAAAUGGACAUUUGUCUACAUUGAUACAAACAAUAGUGAUACUCUGAGGCUUCAAAGGGAAUGGGACUUUUUCUUGAAGGAGACAUAUUAUGCUCAUUCAGUCAUCAAUCUGACUGCAGCAUCUGUUCAGCCUCUGUGUGAGUCUUGGUUUUAGCUCCUCUGAUUGGUCAGCCGGUUCUCUCUGUUGUGAUUGGUCAACCAAUUCCAGCCUCUGUUAAUUGGCUUCUGUCCUUGCUCUACCCGGCUUUGUUGGGAUGGCAUGCCAGACUAGCUGCCGCCUAAUACUUCCUUGGCAUCAUGAUGUCACAUGACCGCUCAGACUCCCGACAAGUGUUUUCUGUGGAGGAGAGGAGCUCCCUUUACCACUGAUCUUGGGCUUUUAACUUUUACACACACACAAACAAAUCUAUAGAUCACACAAGAAGGGAAAUUGAAAAAGCACAACAUGUCUACUUUGAUGGUCAGACACUUUGCAGUAAUGCGGUACUUCUGUAAAGUCCAAAUGAAAAAUAUUUGGGGGUUUAGGGUCAAUAUUUCUAGAUCUUUUUCUUUUUUGGCAGCAGAGUCACAAAAUGCUUGUUGAUAUGAAUCCAA